AUGGCCACGGAGAUUGAACACCCCAUGGCCUUGGGCAAUGUCCCCGAGGUCACCACACCCAACUCAACAUCUUCACCAUCUGUCCCGACCCCUGUCUCAGCCUCCAUGAAAAAAGAGACACCAUCUCCCUCUGCCUCAGCCGCCAACAAUGCUUCCCGACGACCUCCCCGCAAGAGCACUCUCACCCAACAGCAAAAGAACCAGAAGCGACAGCGUGCUACACAGGAUCAAUUGACGACGUUGGAGAUGGAAUUCAACAACAACCCCACACCCACUGCCACCGUCCGUGAGAGAAUUGCCGAGGAAAUCAACAUGACCGAAAGGUCUGUUCAGAUUUGGUUCCAGAACAGUAGACGAGCAAAGAUUAAGCUGCUGGCCAAGAAGAGUCUGGAAACUGGCGAAGACAUCGACUCAAUUCCCGAGUCAAUGCGAGCUUAUCUCGCUAUGCAGGCCAUGGAAUCUGGCAAGGGUCUCGGCGGAAGUUAUCUCGGCCGUACUGGACUGCUCCCCUUUGGUCAUGGUAACAUGAUGCUCGGUGGCGAUCAGGGAGGUCAGGGCAAAGUUUUGAUUCAUCAUCUUACCUGCCGAUCCCUCAGCAUUGGAAAGUGGACUCGAGUUGGACAAAACACGAUGGAUCUCAUCAUUUUCUACUCACCCGACAAGUGCACCAUGACCUACUACAUCAACAACGAGCAGGCUGGCUACAAGAUCGAGUACCCCUUCUCUUCCAUCAAGAACAUUUUCCUCGAGAAUGGCGAAGGAGACCCAACUAAGCUUGGAGGGAUUGUCAUUGAGUUGAACAGGCCCCCCAACUUUUUCAUGGACUCAUCUCCCACCACCAACGGAUUCUUCCAGUGUGGUGAUUUCACAGAGGAUCUCCAGGCUACCCAGUGCUUGGUCCACCACCUCGGUGGAAACCCCAAGGUUCUCAGUGGCCAGCUCGCCAAGCUAGUUUCUCUCGAGUCCUUCAUGAACCGUCACAACCCUCACCCCUACAACGACCCUCACGUCCUCUCCGUCUCGGCUCCUGUCUCCCCGACCGCCCGACCCUCAUCUCAGCCCAGCUUUCAACCCCAUGUCGGCAUGUACCAGGAGCAGUGGGGUAUUCACCAGAUGCACUCUGGCAUGCGUCCUGGACCUGGCCACAAGCGUCAACGUUCGCGAUCAGUUCCUGGACCUGUUGAUUUCGCCAUGUUCCAGAACCAGCCGAUGCCUUCCUUCUACAUCCAACCUCCUGGAGAGAUGCCUCCUCCCCCUCCCCAGCACAACCCUCACAUCUUUGCGCCUAUUCCUCAGCCUCCUGGAAACAUGGCUCCUAAUCUGCGCAUUGAUACUCAGGCAGGAUUCGGCCUGGACAUGCGUCAAUACCCCAUGUCUGCCACCACUGCUUCUCCUGCCGAGUUUCCUCCCAGCCCAGGCUUCUUCCCCCCUGGUCCCGAGGUUCCUCAGUCAAGCUACAACACACCUUAUAGCCAUGGUUUCCUGUCACCAAUGGUUAACCCCGACACAGGUGUUCCCACUUCUGUUUCUCCUCUCCCAUUCAACAGCCCUGGCGAGCCUUCCAUCCUAGAGCAGUCGCCUCCCAUGUCAAUGAUGGGCCGCCCUGGCUCAGCUGAUUUGUAUCCCAUGAACGACGGAUCUUGUGCUGUUUCGGAGGACGGAGCGAGCCUGAAUGAGAUGUACUCCAAGCACACCAUCAACCUGCCCAUGCACACAACCUCGCCUGGUUUCGUGCAACACCAACAAGCAGACCUCGACAUGGAUCAGCUUGUGCAGUUUGACGCAGUUGACCCGUCAAGCCUAUCCCCCGAGGCAAUGCCCCAAGCUCACCAAGGAAACUAA